AUCACUCUCAAAAUUCAAAACCCAAAUGGAAGAAUCGACAGACCCGGUUUCCGCUUCGUCAUCCUUAGAUGAACUUUGGGAGGAUCAAGAUUCCUCUUCCCAGCCUUCCUCCGACACUUACUUGCUCGGCUUUGUCAUCGCCAACAUAGUAGGCCUUCAGUACUACAGAGGCACAAUUAGUGGCCGAGAGAUGGUGGGUCUCGUGCGAGAGCCUCUCAACCCUUUCGACGCCAACGCCAUCAAAGUUUUCAACACUAGAACCCUUCAAGUCGGUCAUAUCGAGCGUUCCGUGGCCGCGGUACUGGCGCCUUUGAUUGACUCUCACUUGAUUGUCGUCGAAGGUAUCGUGCCUAAUUCUCGUAGUGCUUCUAAUAGGUUUAGAAUCCCAUGUCAAAUUCACAUUUUCGCAAGGCUAGAAGCAUUCGGUUCUGUCAAGUCCGCUAUUUCAGGAGGCGGGUUGAACUUAAUUGCCCACUCUGAUGUGUCUUUCACGUUGUCGGAGGCGGCUGUGGUUAAGGGAAACAAGGCUGGAGGAGAGUCCCGGAGCUUGGAUAAGGUUUUCAAGUUGGUCGAAAAGAAUGUUAGCAAGAAGGCGGCAAUGGUACCUGUGGAGCCUCCGAAUGAGAUUAUUAUAUCUCAGCUUUUGUUGCACCAGAAGGAAGGUUUAGGAUGGUUACUCCAUAAGGAGAAUUCAAAUGAGUUGCCUCCCUUCUGGGAGGAAAAAGGUGGAGAAUUUGUAAAUGUGCUGACAAAUUAUCAGACUGAUAAACGUCCCGAGCCUUUGCGAGGAGGUAUUUUUGCCGAUGAUAUGGGAUUAGGCAAGACACUAACUUUGCUUUCCUUGAUUGCAUUUGAUAAAUUUGGUAGCAUUGUUCCAAAGUCCGGUGAUGUUGUCGUAGAAGAGAACUUUGAGGAGAAUGUUAAGAAGGGAAAGAGGGGUAGAGUUAGUAAAAAAGGUACUGAGACACGGAAAAAGCAAAAAGCAAAGGGGAAAUCAGUGGCUGUAGCUGAUGAGUGUCUCAGUGUUUCAGGAGGAAGAACCACGCUAGUUGUGUGUCCCCCCUCUGUGUUUUCAUCAUGGAUAACACAGCUAGAAGAACACACUAGUCCGGGAAAAUUGAAAGUGUAUAUGUAUUACGGAAGAGAGAGAACUAAAGAAGUCGACGAGCUUAAGACUUAUGAUAUUGUGUUGACAACUUAUAGUACCCUGGCCACUGAAGAAUCUUGGUUAGACUCCCCUAUGAAGAAGAUGGAGUGGUGGCGAGUCAUUUUAGAUGAGGCACAUGUGAUUAAGAAUGCAAAUGCUCAACAGAGUAAAGCUGUCACUAAUUUGAAGGCCACUUGUAGAUGGGUUGUUACAGGAACACCCAUCCAAAAUGGCUCCUUAGACUUGUUUUCUUUAAUGGCAUUUUUGAGGUUUGAACCAUUUUCUAUUCAAAGCUAUUGGAGAAGUUUGGUUCAACGACCCCUUGCUCAGGGUAAUAAGAAUGGCCUCUCUCGUAUCCAGGUUCUGAUGGCCAGCAUCUCCCUGCGGAGAACAAAGGGAAAUAACUUGGUUGGAUUGCCACCUAAAACAUUACAAACAUGUUAUGUUGAGCUUUCCGUGGAAGAACGUGAACUUUAUGACCAGAUUGAAGGAAAGGCCAAAAGUGUCAUCGAGGAGUACAUUUCCAAUGACAGUCUAGUACGCAACUAUUCGACUGUGCUUGGCAUACUUUUACGAUUGCGACAGAUUUGUACUAGUCUGGCUCUGUUACCUCCGGAUCUCAGAGCCUUGUUCCCAUCUAGCAAUAUUGAAGAUGUAUCCAACAACCCGGAGUUGCUACAAAAGAUGGUUGUGAUGCUACAAGAUGGUGAGGAUUUCGACUGUCCUAUUUGCAUCUGUCCUCCAACUGAUGUAGUAAUUACACGUUGUGCCCACAUCUUUUGCCAAUCCUGCAUCCUUAAAACCCUACAGCGUACGAAACCCUGCUGCCCUUUGUGUCGUCAACCCUUAUCUCAGUCCGAUCUCUUUUCAGCCCCUCCUGAAUCUUCUGAUGCUGAUCACACUGAGAUAUCAUCAAGGAAUACCGCAUCUUCUAAAGUAUCUGCUCUAGUAAGCCUUCUUCAGGAGUCAAUAGCUCAAAAGCCAACUACAAAGUCGGUUGUCUUCUCUCAGUUCCGAACUCUGUUGCUACUACUUGAAAAGCCGCUGACAGAUGCUGGUUUUAAGAUAUUGCGGUUAGAUGGAUCAAUGACUGCAAAAAGGAGAGCACAAGUGAUUGAAGAAUUUCAAUUUCCGGGACCAGACGGGCCAACAGUCUUGCUUGCAAGUCUCAAAGCUUCAGGUGCAGGUAUCAACCUUACAGCUGCAUCAAGAGUUUACUUGAUGGAACCAUGGUGGAAUCCAGCUGUUGAGGAACAGGCUAUGGAUAGGGUUCAUCGGAUCGGGCAGAAGGAGGAUGUAAAGAUUGUGAGGCUGAUUGCUCGAAACAGCAUAGAAGAGAGGGUAUUGGAUUUGCAGGAGAGGAAGAAGAAGCUAGCAACAGAAGCUUUUGGAAGGAAGGGCCCAAAGAAUCGGAAAGAAGUCACAAUAGAUGAUCUCCGCACUCUCAUGUCCCUGUGAGUUUUCAUCAUCAUGUUAAAUGAUCUACCCCUUGCAUUUUUGUGUGUGUGGCCAUAAUAGGAUUUCAGGACUUUCUUUCAAGUUUUAUAGGCCUUUAGAGGCUGGAAUAUUUUGUUGUAAAUAUCAGAUACCUAGCACUUAAUGGAAAAUCAGAUGGUUUUUCUUCGAUCUAUAUCUAGGAUCAAUUGUGAAUUUAUUUUUCAUUGAAAUCUUCA